UCAGGAGCGCGCACGCGAGCUCGCGCAGUCGGCUUGUGAGCAGCGCCGCCAUGGACCGGCGGCGCGCGCCAGACCCGCAUGUCGCGACGCGGGAGGCACGGCUCAGACCGGCGCCGGCUGCGAUGGCGUGCGCUGCGACGCGCUCCACCUCUUCGUCCGCCGGUGGCAGCGCCGACCGGGGACCCCGCGAGCGGCCGUCUUCAAUCCGGACGCGUCUUCUUGCGGACGGCCAGUGGAUGUGGCUGCGACGUUCCGCGCCGAACCCCGUGGCUGCCCGCUCGAUCGUCUCGGUGGUCACCUUGUGAAGUGCGAGACCGACUUCGCACGCUCCAUCCUGGUGUUCCUGGAGCCAUGGAUUUGCAACCUCCGGGCAUUCGACUCGUCAGGCUACUCUUGCUCGCACUUGCUAUCGGUGUUCGCGGGAGUCCGGACGCCAAGCGGCUGUACGAUGACCUCAUAUCCCGGUACAACAAGCUUGUCCGCCCCGUCGUCAACGACACGGACGCGCUCACAGUGCGAAUCAAGCUCAAGCUCUCUCAGCUCAUCGAAGUGAACCUCAAGAACCAAAUUAUGACGACCAACCUCUGGGUGGAGCAAUACUGGGACGACUACAAGCUGAGCUGGGACCCUCGCGACUACGGCGGUGUGGACAUGUUGCACGUGCCUUCGGACCACAUCUGGAGGCCGGACAUUGUUCUCUAUAACAACGCUGACGGCAACUUCGAGGUGACGCUGUCCACAAAGGCUCAGCUCAACUACACGGGCCGCAUCCAGUGGAAGCCGCCAGCCAUCUACAAAAGCUCGUGCGAGAUCGACGUAGAGUUCUUCCCAUUCGACGAGCAGACGUGCCUGAUGAAGUUCGGAUCUUGGACUUACGACGGAUUCAAGGUGGACCUCCGACACGUGGACGAGGUGCAAAAUCAGAGCUUGGUGGAAAUUGGGGUAGACCUGACGGAGUUCUACCUCAGCGUCGAGUGGGACAUUCUCGAGGUGCCCGCGGUGCGACACGAGAAAUACUACACAUGCUGCGAGCACCCUUACAUCGACAUCACAUUCAACAUAAGCAUGCGCCGCAAGACGCUCUUCUACACGGUCAACCUCAUCGUGCCCUGCAUGGGCAUCUCGUUCCUCACUGUACUGGUCUUCUACCUACCUUCCGACUCCGGAGAGAAAGUUGCCCUCUCCAUCUCCAUCCUCCUCUCUCUCACCGUCUUCUUCCUGCUGCUAGCCGAGAUCAUCCCGCCUGCGUCACUUGUGGUACCACUGCUGGGCAAGUACCUGCUGUUCACCAUGGUCCUGGUCACCCUGUCCAUAUGCGUCACCGUCGUAGUGCUCAACGUGCACUUUCGCACGUCCUCCACGCACAGAAUGGCACCCUGGGUCAAGAGGGUGUUCCUCCAGGUACUGCCGCGCCUGCUCCGCAUGCCCCGGCCCGAGCAGGAAGACCCCCUCUUCAAGCUCGUGGUGCCUAGUUGCAACGGCGCCGAAGCGACGCGAGACCCGUACGCCACCGCCUCGACGAGUGCGUCACCGGGCCCCGGCUUUGAAGACGGCGUGUACCAGCGGGACGAGGAUCCGAUCGUCUGCAAGGUGCACGGUCUUCGCAGAACUGCCAGCGAGACGUUCGCGGAGUACGCGACGCAGCCGUCUUCCGUGGGGCACCGCCACCCGUCGCCGCCUUCCCCACUGGUUGGCGGUGCACCAGCCAUGAGGCUCCACUUCUGCCCGGAGCUGCAGCGGGCGCUCGAGUCCGUGCACUUCAUAGCCGACCAUACGCGUCGAUAUGAGGAUCACAUCGAGGUAAAGGAAGACUGGAAGUACGUCGCCAUGGUGUUGGACCGGCUGUUCCUGUGGAUCUUCACGGCAGCCGUCAUUGUCGGCACAUGCGCUAUAAUAUUGGACGCGCCCACACUCUACGACACCCGCGAGCCCAUCGAUGUCCGACUGUCCGAGAUCCUUAGUGUGGUCUAUAAGGGACAUCAGUCCUAGUUAGCACCGCCCUUUCAAGGAUAGAAGCAGCAGAACUCAACACGAACUGUGUGUUGCAAACCAUGAGUGUUCGUACAUUUUAUUUUUUCUUUAAAGUGAUGGUGUUAUAGUUAUGAUUCAGCCCGAUACAGCAUGUCUUCUGAAGUUUCCGCACAUCCCACUACCGUGCGGGGCGCCUGCGUUGGUGCCACUUUUUAACCUACGUGAGAACAACUCAAUGACUGCCUUGGUACAAUGGACCAAUGCGGGACGAGAGAAUGGAGCAUGCCGAAUUUCCAUCGCACUGACGUGUCGAAAGUACAAGGGUGUCGCGGCGUUCUUAUCUCGAUCCUCUACGCAGAAUUUUCAGUAUGAACUUCUUUAGUCCCACCUUUACCAAGCGAAACGAAAGGUUAUAAAUAUAGCAAGACCACACAUACAGUUAGCUAUAACAUACGCGGUAACGCGCAAGGUAAGACUACUUCACAUGGAUUUAAUUUUUAACGCGCAGCUUUCUUUGACAUAUUCCAGGCACAUCGCAGUGGGUAGCUUUAGGUCUCGCCUCGUUUAGAGCACUUCCAAUGAAGGCAAAUUGAUACAGGUCUUACACUAUCCGAAAAUUAUUAUCGUUCAAAGUGUUCGGCAAGUAGUUCACCAUACGGAAUCGCUUCGAGUUCUGCAAAGCAUUAUCAGAUGGGCUGAAGUGUUUUGCGUAUGGCUGCGUGAUCCGAUCGUGCGUGCGAUUACAGCAGCUAGACUACGACGGUAGUAUGAGGCCACCAGCAUGACUAAUGAUAUUUCUUUAUUUACUUUCGUACAACAGCUAAUAAACACUACAGCCUGUUUUGUUGGUAAAUGAACAUAUCCGGAAGGGUUGGGUAAAGUGUCGCACAAUGCCGGCGUAGCGUUGUCUGCUACGAGAAAAACACUGCGCAAUGAGAGCUGCAGUCUAACGCAGCAUCUGAAAGUGCUAGGUGCCACCAGGGAAGAAUGGGAGGAAAUGGCACGCUGUGGCUUUUGUGAGCGAUUCACUAGUACGCGACAUUCCAAGCACGCGAAAUGCAGUGGCAAAUUUGUGGCCGAAUGGAAACUGGCACGCAAGAGCCCGUGCUACCGCUCGUGCUAUACGGGGUGAUCAGUUUUAACAUUUCCGUUUUUUUUAUACCGUCUGUUAGAGAUAAUGUAAUUCCAAUCCCUGUGCUGAAUUAUACAAGGAUGCAGACAUUAUUUGCACAAGAAAUCGAGACACAUGUUCAAACUCACUAAGUAUCGUCUUAACUACAUCACAGCAAUUAUUGAGAUUUGCGAAUUGCAGCCGGGUAGACUGCAAGACAUAUCCGCUUGAAGUUAUACUCCAGGAUGACACCGGUUUAUAGAUAUUAUUUCCUUAAGUGCGGUACGAAAUACGCGAGCGUUGCAGUUACUUUUGUGCUCAAUGCAUCAAAGGGCGUUUUAUUUAAAGAAAAAGUAAGUGGCAUAGUGCAUUUUAACGUCGAGUUUCAUGGCGAAUAUAUAGACUGGGGCCAUUCUGGAAAGUCAUUCCAAGAGGAUGUGCUUUGUAAACUCACCGCCUACAUUCCG